ACACCAUUGUCAAUACUUAGCUCACAACAUUCAUUACUUUCUCUCUCUAUUAUCUUCUUUUACUUUCCUCCCUCCGGAAUCAGAUUAUUGUUUCCGUGUUUUGCUCUCUUUCGCUUUCUCUCACACACAGUCACACACACAUGCUUUUCUGUAAUGGAAUAAUAGCAUAGGGGUUGAUUUGUUUUCUGUCUCACAAACAUACACACACAGUCGAGUGAGAGUAGCAUAUCCAUGACGAAGAUUGUGUGUUUGUGGGUUGUAAUCGUUAGUGGAUUAAUGUGUAGCAGAUGGGUUGUUGAUGGUCAUGAGUAUGAUUAUUUCAACAAAACAGAACUACCAUUUUUGGAGUCCUUUUAUGGAAUCUCUGCUGCUGCUACUGGUGAUAAUCCUCUUAUGAUAGGCCUCACCCUUAUUCAAGGAGCUAAUGCCAAAGGAGCUGUCUGUUUGGAUGGAACAUUACCUGGUUAUCAUAUACAUCGUGGAUAUGGUUCAGGGGCAAAUAGUUGGCUCAUACAGUUGGAGGGUGGAGGAUGGUGUAAUACCAUUAGAUCUUGUGUUUACCGCAAAACAACUCGGCGUGGAUCAUCAAACCAUAUGGAAAAGCAGAUACCAUUUACAGGAAUACUGAGCAACAAGGCUGAAGAAAAUCCAGAUUUUUUCAACUGGAAUAGAGUAAAGCUUCGUUAUUGUGAUGGUGCUUCCUUUGCAGGGGAUGGUGAAGAUAAGGCUGAACAACUGCAAUUCAGAGGACAACGUAUAUGGUUGGCUGCCAUGGAAGAUUUAAUGUCAAAGGGGAUGCGCAAUGCCAACCAGGCUCUUCUUUCUGGUUGCUCUGCUGGGGGUCUAGCUUCUAUAUUGCACUGUGAUGAGUUCAGUGAUUUAUUUCCUACUGGUACUAAAGUCAAGUGCUUGAGUGAUGCUGGAUUAUUCCUUGAUGCAGCUGAUGUUGCUGGUGGGCACACCCUGAGGAAUUUCUUUGGAGGCGUGGUUAGCUUGCAGGGGGUGCAAAAGAUCCUGCCAAGUACUUGUACUAGCCAACUUGAUCCAACUUCAUGCUUCUUCCCGCAAAAUUUGAUUGCCAACGUCAAAACCCCAUUAUUUCUUCUUAAUGCUGCCUAUGAUGCAUGGCAGGUCCAGGCCAGUUUAGCUCCCUCAUCAGCCGAUCCUCAUGGCAAUUGGCUUGAAUGCAAAAGGAACUAUGCAAGUUGUUCUGAUUCCCAAAUCCAGUUUCUGCAAGAAUUCAGGAAUUAUAUGCUGAAUGUGAUAAAAGGCUUCUCGACGUCCGAAAAGAAUGGAUUGUUCAUAAAUUCAUGUUUUGCUCAUUGCCAGACAGAAAGGCAGGAUACAUGGUUUGCUGAUGAUUCUCCUCUUAUUGGCAGCAAGGGGAUUGCGCUAGCUGUUGGAGAUUGGUAUUUCGGUCGAGAAGGGACUAUGGCCAUCGACUGUGCAUACCCUUGUGACAAAACUUGCCACAAUCUGGUUCAGAGAAGUGCAAAGGGUGAUGCGGAAACGUCGUUACUCUAUACAGUGUCUUGCUCUUGUUGCUUUUAUCCUAGGUUACAAUGCAGUGUCUUGCUAUUGUUGAUUUUAACCUAUGUUACAUGGACUCGGUAAUGUGUCAGCUAUAUGUUGCAUGGACAUUGCUAAAUAUUCAUAUUGCUUAAUCUUUUUAUUUUAUUUUGUAGAGCAAAACAAUGUCUUUAUUUAGCAUAAUGUUUCUUAUGAGAACUCUACUUGUUUUGAAGUAAUAAUAUAAUUAAUUUGAAUUAAA